AUGGAAUACGACCAUGGAGCAGGCUUGAACAUAGUCAUGAAUGAAAACGAACUGGCACUGGACAGGUGGGAACUAAAACAAUAUAUCCACAAGGUGAGGGACACAGGUGGAAACAAUCAGGGCGAGAUCAAGUGGAUGAUUCAAGGAAGGAAAGAGGGGGGGGGUUUGAGGGUUCAUGAGAGGUUCAUUGCUGGCUCUCUGGCAGGAGCCACCGCCCAGACCAUCAUCUACCCGCUGGAGGUUCUGAAGACGCGUCUGACUUUGAGGAAGACGGGACAGUACUCGGGGAUGGCUCACUGUGCCAGACAGAUCCUGACGAGGGAGGGGGUCCGGGCGUUCUACAGGGGCUACCUGCCAAACACACUGGGCAUCAUCCCCUACGCUGGCAUCGAACUGGCAGUGUAUGAGACUCUGAAGAACGCCUGGCUGAAGAGGAACGCUGCAGACUCAGCAGAUCCAGGAGUGUUGGUUCUGCUGGGCUGUGGAACCAUCUCCAGCACCUGCGGCCAGCUGGCCUCCUACCCCCUGGCUCUGAUCCGCACACGCAUGCAGGCCCAGGCCGCACAUGAGGGCAAACCCAAGCUGACUAUGGUGGGCCAGUUUAAACACAUCAUAUCCCAUGAAGGAGUACCAGGACUGUAUCGAGGACUCACCCCCAACUUCCUCAAAGUCAUUCCAGCUGUCAGCAUCUCCUACGUGGUGUACGAGCACAUGAAGAAAGUUCUCGGGGUAGCUUACUAG